AUACUUCAAAUCCGUUUCUCUGACUGCACGAAGACGUUCUCAAAAAGAAAAAGCCAAACGCAACCUGGAAGGAGUAAAAAAAAAAAAAGCCGAAAAGAAAGGAAUGCUUGAAUCCAGAGAGGAUGAGUGACAGUCCGGCGCGUGGUCCAGCUGCUGCGGCGCUCCGGCGGAGGGGAAGUUAGGAGUCGGAGCCGGAAGAGCAGCAACUUUUGUAGACUUUCAAAAACCUCAAUUCAGACUGGUUUUACGCGUGGAGCGCGCGUCCGGAGGGCUUUGGACAUUAAAACCCAGUAGAGUUUUUUUUUCUCCUUCUAAUGUUAUGUGUUGUCAACGAGGGCGGCUUGAAGCGACGAGGAAAUGGCAUUUCUGUGAAGAAGAGGUCUCUGGUUUUUGUGGUCGACAAUGGAGAAUAAAUGAAAGGGACGUUUCAGCGGAUUAACUGACUGCCGCACAACGACAGAAUGCAGGAGAGGGAUCUACAGAGCAUGUGCAGAAGGGCACUGCUGCUGACCGUCUGUAUGGUGUCUCUGUGGGGACAACUGACCAGUGCAUCGUCACACAGAAGCCACAUAGUUCACGUGAAAGCGGGAACCUGUGAGGUGAUUGCCGCUCACCGAUGCUGCAACAAGAACAAGAUCGAAGAGAGAUCCCAGACCGUCAAGUGCUCCUGCUUCCCCGGACAGGUGGCAGGAACAACGAGAGCGGCUCCGUCCUGUGUAGACGCAUCCAUAGUUGCGCAGAAGUGGUGGUGCCAGAUGCAUCCCUGCAUGGACGGGGAAGAGUGUAAAGUGCUGCCAGAUCUCAAAGGGUGGAGCUGCAGUACAGGAAACAAAGUUAAGACAACCAAGGUCACACGAUAGUCCUCGGUUUCAAGGAUCACCUUGUUUGAAACCAGACAUUUGUUUCUUUGACCAUGAGCGGGACGUUCGGAUUUUACGUGUUCUGGAGGAUUUGUGGAAACCAGCGACCGAUCACGGACAGCUCGCCCAACGGACGGAGGAAACGGCCCAGGACCAGCGCAUCAUUUCCACAAGUGUUCCUGGCUUUUAGAUCCAGCAUCAAGCGUCGCUGUCUCUGAACUCUGCCCACCAGGUCGCUCUUUGUAACAUAGUUUUAUUCCUAUGGACUAGAAGACUCAACCAUGAAGAUAUUUAUUGACUCAAAGACUAUGUUUCACACCCCACCCUCCCCUCCAAAAAAAAGAAACGCCCCUUAAACAAAACCACGUGAUGUGAAACUUUUGUGUUAUUUUCUUGCCACAAAGAGCCCCGGGACUCAUGAUGCAUAUGUGUGUGAGAUCAUAAGCAUUUUCAUUCCUUUUAGCCUUACGGAGCAGAGCUGUCUCUUCUGAUUCUGUUUUUUUUGUUGUUGAUUUGAAUCUAGUGUUUGGCUUUCUUAAGUUUGUUAAGAUGUCGAGUCUUGUUUUUAAAGACUGAAAACGAUGACGCGACAAUGAGAACACAGAAAAAAUGUAACGAAGGAAGCUCAACACAGCUAACGUCUGCCAAAUUGUUUUAAUGGUAUCUGUUGUUUUCAAAGCCUGGUGACCACCAUCGAUUACAAAUGUCAAUAUUAUCUCAAUAAAUCUAACUCAAAGAAUA